UUUUUUCCUUUUGGUAUGGUGAAAAAGAAACCUCAGACAUUAAAAGAAAUAUUCCAGAAUAUUAGAAAUAAGUCAACUAAAGACGAUCAAGAAGAAAGGGAACUUCAGCGAGCUAUAGAAUUAAGCAAAAAAGAACAAGUGAAAGAACAAAAGAGACUACUAGAGCAGUUUUCUCGGAUCAGUAACAAGAAAAAGAGACUAGUACAGCAUAUUGAAGAGGAUGAAAAUGAUUUAUUUCAAACUGUCUCUAGUAGACCACAACCUGUAAAAAAAACAAAGAAGAUAAAGCAAGAACCAGUGAAUCAAGGCCCUUUAUUAGAGAUACCAGACUUGUCUGCCUUUUUAAAUGAACCAGACAAUCGAAACAGUGCCAUUUUGAUCGACGACGAUGAGGAUGAACAAGUAGAAGGAUUAUUUGAUGAUCAAAGACUCGAACCAGACAAUUCAAAUCAAGAAUUGACACUCAUAUCAGACUCGGACUGCAGUGUGAUUGACCUUGUCAAUCCUGACAACACACAUGAUCCAUUACCUGAAGAAGAGGACGACGGUUAUUUAUCACCAUUAGAAGGCUUUACAAACAUUAAAGAAAACCGAGAUAAUGCACUCUUUAAUCCAUUCUUUGAACAAUUCAAACAAAAAGAACCUACAAAACGAAAACGAAAAACUACGAAAAAUAAGACCACUACUGCGUCUUCUUCUAAAAAACGGUGGUACUUUAUGAACAAACGAAAGAAAAAGAAAUAAGAUAUUUUUUUGGACAAAUUAACUUGUGCAUUUAUUAAAAUAAAAUGAUGUGAUAUGCUC